CCCACGACUGUCAUGUCCAGCAACGAACCCACGACUGUCGUGUCCAGCACCGAACCCACGACUGUCGCGUCCAGCACCAAACCCACGACUGUCGUGUCCAGCACCAAACCUACGACUGUCGCGUCCAGCACCGAACCCACGACUGUCGUGUCCAGCACCGAACCCACGACUGUCGUGUCCAGCACCGAACCCACGACUGUCGUGUCCAGCACCGAACCCACGACUGUCGGGUCCAGCACCAAACCCACGACUGUGAUGCUCAGCACUGCACCCACGACUGCCGCGUCCAGCGCCAAACCCACGACUGUCGGAGCCAGCACCGAACCCACGACUCCGGCCAUCACACCUUUUACUGGCUGUCCUUCUGGCUACUCUGCCCAUGGGGGUUCGUGCUUCAAGGCGUACAACCAAGGCAAAACCUACAAGCAGGCCAGGCAGGUGUGUGCAGCGGACCGGGGGCUUCUGGCCAUGCCGAAGGACGAAGACGCGGACGACUUCUUGAGGGACCUGAAGGACACCGUGGAUCCCAACUCCCCUUUCUGGUUUGGCCUGAGCCAUCCGAGCGGCGAGGGAGGGUGGAUGUGGCAAGAUGGGACUCCGUACAACACAGCCACGGACUGGCCGAAUGGGGGGUGGCAGCCGGGGGAACCCGACAAUGAAGGGGAAGGAGAAGUCUGCGCUAACCACUUCCGUACCGGCUGGAACGACGCGCCCUGCUCGACUCCACACAACUUCAUCUGUCAGCUGAAUGAUGUAAUCGACUGCCCCCUGGGGUACCACCAGUGCGCACACGGACAGUCCUGCAUCCUGGCGCGGCAGCGGUGUGACGGGCGGGCGGACUGUACAGACGGGAGUGACGAGGAAGGUUGCGUGUGCCUGCCAACUCCUGUGGAUCUCAGCCUCGGCGGUAGACUUGCGAUGCUGCCGAAUCAGCUGGGCCAGACGACGUUUGAGGAGAUACAGAAUUCCUCUGCCGUGGAGCUGCUCGACAGUUCGACCAGCCACGCAGAGAGCCGGCAUCCUGAGUUCCGGGAAUUCGCAUCUACGGUCAUCUUCCCGCGAUGUGCUGUCUCCGAAGAGAACAACACAUUCUGCACUUCACAUGGAGACAACACGGCCUCGUGCAUGACACAGCUGCUGCCGUGCCACUCGUGGUGUGAGGAAGUUCUCCACAUGGCUGAUGACCGGACGAAGAACCGGUUCCCUACCUGUGACCUGUUUCCGUCACCACCACACGCCUGUUGGAACCCGGAGCCAGACAAGAAGUACAACCAAAUUUGCUACCAUGGUAGUGGCAUGAACUACCGCGGUACAUGGAAUAAAACUACAUCCGGGGCAGACUGUGUGAAGUGGUCCGCUGCGCAGGCUGGUUUCUACCCGACCAAGUACCCCUGGGCUAACCUGGAGAACAACUACUGCCGCAACCCUACUGGACUCGGACAGCCAUUUUGUAUGACGGAAGAUGGCAGCCAGGAGGAGUGUGACGUCAUUCCGUGCAAUCUCUUUCUCUGCGAGGACUUGGGUCCUCCAAACUACGGCCACAGAACCCCUCUCAAAAGGUACUACAACGUGGGGGAUAGGGUCGCGUACACCUGCAACGUGGGGUACUCACUAAAGCCUGGGGCUCCCACCGACGUGAGGUGCACUGAUGGAGGCCUCUGGCAGUAUGACAAGCCCAGCUGUUCAGUGGAUUUCCAGAUUAGGCUGGAAAAGGAGCUACUCGAUGUGUACAACACAAACCAGGCGCCUGGGGCUGAGACUGAACCUGGCAGUAAGACUGAGACUGAAAAUGAAACUAAGACUGACACUUUGGCUGAAACUGGCUCGAAAAUUGACACUAUGACUGAAACUGAGACUGAAACUGAAUCUAAAACUGACACUUUGGCUGAAACUGGCUCGAAAAUUGACACUAUGACUGAAACUGAAGCUAAGACUGACAAUAUGACGGAAACUGAAACUUUGACUGAAACUUCGAAGCGCUCUCGGUCCGUCAUCCGUUUCAAUGGCUCUGUGGAACAGAUCGUCGACUUGGACGAGAAGAAGGAGCUGCUGAUUGCCUCUGUUGCCAUCGACUUCACCUGGCAGGACAGCCGGCUGAAGUGGGAGCCAGAGUACUACGGGAACAUCCGGAAUCUCACCGUGCGGGGCAGCAGCAUCUGGACUCCGGCAUUUACUCUGAAGAUGAAUGCUGAUCCUUUGUACCAAGGCCUUCCAAAGGACGUACCGGUCCUGAUCACCAUUGAUGGUACGGUAACAUGGAGGGUGGAGACUCUGACCAGCACCAUCUGCGAUGCAGACCCGUUCUUCUUCCCUGCCGACACCAUGGAAUGCCACAUCUGUUUCUCUGUGUCCUCUGCUAUUGGGCAAACCAUCGAAUGCGGAGGGGGGAGUUCCUGCAACGUCUGGUCUCCCCCACAAGACGAGGGCGAAUAGGAUUCGGAAGGACAAGAUCUUCGCUAAAGGCGGCAAGGAGUCGUGCUUCGCUGUUUAUCUGCAAAGGGUCCCGCUGUUCCACAUCGCCACGACUGUU